CGAGAGUCUGCAGGGCAAAGCGGAGUCUGUGCAGCGGAACAAGCCUGGUGUCGAGUUUUGGACUGAGAGCAGCCGGGAUACUCCAGCUCAUGAGUGGCUCCUGCAACCUGUUGCCACCUUUGUGUCUGAAACUUUUUACCGCGAGGUAAUGGACUAUUAGAGAGACUUUUAACAGGGCCUCCACAGCAACUUAAAAGCGAGUCUAAAUUGCCGCUGCCCUCACAACACCCACAGCCUAAACACAAGCAGCGACCAUGGGCAAACAGAACAGCAAGCUACGUCCCGACGUCAUGCAGGACCUGAUGGAGAACACAGACUUCACCGAGCAUGAGAUCAUGGAGUGGUACAAGGGCUUCUUGCGGGACUGCCCCAGCGGCGCGCUCUCCAUGGAGGAGUUCAAGAAGAUCUACGCCAACUUCUUCCCUUAUGGAGACGCCUCAAAGUUCGCCGAACAUGUCUUCCGCACUUUUGACGCCAAUGGAGAUGGGACCAUAGACUUCAGGGAGUUCAUCAUCGCCCUGAGUGUGACCUCUCGUGGUCGGCUGGACCAGAAGCUGAAGUGGGCGUUCAGUAUGUACGAUCUGGACGGGAAUGGAUACAUUAGCAAGGCCGAGAUGCUGGAGAUCGUUACGGCUAUUUACAAGAUGGUUUCCUCUGUGAUGAAGAUGCCUGAGGAUGAGUCCACACCUGAGAAACGCACAGACAAGAUCUUCAGGCAGAUGGACUUAAAUCGAGAUGGUAAACUGUCCCUUGAGGAGUUUGUUGAGGGAGCGAAGAACGAUCCCUCCAUCGUCCGGCUGCUUCAGUGCGAUCCCAGCAGUGCUGGGCAGUAGAAAACUGGACUUUUUUUCCAUCGCAGUUUGAUUAAUUUAACACAUUUUCAAAAUCUCUCCAAGCUGACCCACCUGAGAUUGUUCAGAUUUGAUCACUUGAGCUAUAGAGGCCCAUUAACAAACACACACAUAGAAAACAUGCAACAACUGUGCAUACUACAAGUACCAAAGCCUGCCGCAUAUCUUACCUUUCAGACGGCCACAUGCACAUGCUCUAAAUGUGCCUCUGUUUGGUCAAAAGCUGAAGACAACAUGGGUCUCAUAUAUGGUACAAAUAUAACUCAAAGGACUCAAACCCCAUCAAAGACUUGUUAAACACUGAAUCAAAGUUGUGCUUUCUCUGUCUGAGAAGACAGCCAGAGAGGAUAAUCCAACAGAUUUGUGAGGUACAUUGAGCUGAAUCCAAGUUUGCUGUUUCUUUUUAUUCUUUCAUUUCUUUUUCUUUUUUUUAAAGAAUAAUUCCUUAUUUGAAGGGAAUAAUUGUUGUCUUUUAACUGACUCGGUUUGUUGAGGGAUGAAGGACAGAUUUUCACAAAGUUGCAAUUGCAGUCUAGCUCCAUGUUAACACUGGAUGAAAUGAAGUAUGUGAGUCUGGGACGACAAGCGUUCACAGCUUACACUAUGGCUUAUGAUGACAGGAGAUAUGGGACGUUUCGGAUAGUUUUUAACCAUAAAAGAUUUUAAAAGGGAUGAAAGCUGAUUAUUUUUAAUGUAGCUUGGAGAAAUGUUACUUUAAACCAAAAUUGACUCUAAAUGAAGGAAUAUUUUGACUACAGAUUACAACCAUCUGUUCUUUUGAAAGUGACUUUUUAUGCCAAGUUCUGUGUACACACACACACACACACACACACACACACACACACACACACACACACACACACACACACACACAC